AUGUCAAGAACGAGUUUCAAUAAAAAUAACGCUGUGGAGGACGUUUCCAAAAGACAAAUCGCGCUGUUAUUCGACAAUCUGGAGCAAACAGAUCAGCUUCGAAGAUGCGAGAAACGAAUCAAGGGCCUUCAGCGGCAGACAGGUCUUUGGGGCAGGGAAGUAUUCGCUGUCGACGAGAUCAUCAAUGACCGGCGAAAUGAGAUUCGAAGUCUUGACAGAUGGCUUGCUGAUAUGUUAAAUCGUCCAGACAUCGAUCAGCUUAAUGCCGACUUUUCCGACGCGAGUCAGUGCCAAAAGUGGUCUUCAUCGCUUCGAUACAUGGAUGAAAUUCAGAAUGACGUAAAGCAACGAAAAGCCGAGGCAAAACGAGCUGAAGAAGAGAGGAAAGCACAGGAACUGGCUGAACUUGAAGCUGCUCAAAUGAGAUUGAAAUCAUAG